GUGGGGGAAGAUAAAAUUCAUCUUUCUCCCCACUCUGCCGACCAAGUUUGGGGUUUAGGGUUUUUUUGCUCUCUACACCAUUUUUUAGGGUUUAACGAAAUACACACUUCCUCUCUCUCUUUGUCAGAAAGCUAAGGUAAAGUAAUCGGGGAAGAUGCGGAAACUAAAAUUUCAUGAAGGUAAACUGUUGAAGAAAGUAAACAUCUUAGAAUGGAAAAGAGAAGGAGGUCACCGAGAAUCCAGUGUUAUGCAGCGUUACCAUAUCACCGACCGCGAUGAUUACAAAAAGUAUAAUAGCUUAUGUAGGAUGGCGCAAAAAUUGGUUAGCAUAUUGAAGCAGAUGGAUCACAAAGACCCUGCUCGAAUUGAGAUGACUGAUAAUCUGUUGGAAAAGCUAUAUAAUAUGGGAGUAAUACCGAACCGGAAAAGCUUGGCUGUUUGUGAACGGUUGAGUGUGUCAUCUUUUUGCAGACGGCGGCUUUCGUAUAUAUUGGUGCAUUUGAAGUUUGCAGAGUACUUGAAAGAAGCUGUGACAUACAUUGAACAGGGACACAUCCGAGUCGGUACCGAGACUGUGACAGACCCAGCAUUCCUUGUAACUAGGAAUAUGGAAGAUUUUGUGACUUGGGAAGAUUCAUCCAAGAUUAAGAAGAAAGUACUACAAUAUAACGACAAAUUGGAUGACUAUGAUCUUAUGCAAUGAACAAGAGUCACGAUUCAAGGCUGUACUUCCUAUUCUUCGUGGAUUUCUUAAUUUUGAGGCUCUUUUUUCACAUUAAACUAUGUAUGAAAUUGCUGUACUAGUAGUUAGUACAUCCAAACCCGAAUUGUUAGACAGAAGCCGGUUUGGAUUGGAACUGAAUUUUGUAAAACAGUGGACCUUGGUCGGUUUGAAAAAAUACUGAUCUAGAUCAGAUAUUUCUUGAA